UUUGGCUGAGUAUGGUUAAACUAAUAUUUGUAUCCACAUUUUAUUUGUUAUUUAUAUACUUGUUGCGCGUUAUAGAAAAGUAAAUGUACUCUUGUACAGAAACACUAGCGGACUCUAAUGUCGAACGGACAGAGGUGUCGAGCACAUUUCAAGGUAACACCAGCUGCUUCCAUGUGAGCAAGAUGCCACGUCUCUACGUGGGCGGCUUGACCCACCUGGUCACACAGAAAGAUCUGACCGAUCGCUUUGGAAAAUUCGGACAGGUGGAGGACGUGGAGCUCCGGACAAGGAGGGAUGACGAGGGUGUUCCCUACAAAACCUUUGCUUACAUCAAUCUCAACAUUUCCGAUACUGACCUAAAGAAAUGCAUGACAGUAUUGAACAAAUCUAAAUGGAAAGGAGGAACUCUGCAGAUCGAACCUGCCAAGGAGAGUUUUCUGCAUAAGCUGGCUCAAGAAAGAGAGACUGAGCAGCGGCACCAAUGUCAGGACGCAGACGAUAAACAACAAAAUGUUAACAAGCUGCUGGAAGCUUUCAGCAAAGCUGGCGUUAACAACUUCACCAUGAAGGCGGCUGUGCCGGGCACAGAAGUACCCGGACACAGGGACUGGGUGGUGAGUAAAUUUGGCCGCGUGCUGCCAGUCAUGCAGCUACGCUGUAAGAAAGGCAGCAAAGCUCGCACCCUCAAGUACGACCCGUCUAAGUACAGCCACAAUAUCCGGCGUUUGACCCCACCCGUGACCGCCCCCGAUGCUGCCGACCCGCCCACACCGGUGGACAAGCUCACCUGGCAGAUUGAAGGCGGGGACAAUGAAAUCAGCAAAAAGAGGCGGGGAGAGUUUGCGCCAUAUAAAUCGACAAGACCCAAGAAGACUUGUGCGGAGGUGCUCGAAUUGCUAAACAGCGCUAGACCCGCCAAGUCAGAAAAUCAUCAUCUGACCAAUGGUUUUAGCGUGGUUAGCGACAAGCAUCCGAUUCAGAACAGACGUUACGAGGACAGCGACGUGGACUCAGAUGAGGAGAUACACCGGUUGGCGGCGCUCGAGCGGCUUUCUUACAAUGCACCGGGCAGGGAUAUGGAGGAGGACAACCUGGAAGUAGUGGGAGACGACUACUUUCUCAAGGCAGGAGUCUCACAUAAGAAGAUUUACGGUAUACCAAAGCACAACCGAGAUGAUGAGGAUUACGAUUCAGCCGACACGGAUGAGCUCUUUGCUUCAAGGAAACGUUCUCCUCCUCCUCCUCUGGAGGACAUGUCAGGAAAAAAGGGGAAGAGGGAGAGAGGAAGAAAAGACGAUGCGAGAGUGAACGGGAUUUCUGUUUUUUCUGGGGAACAAGAAGAGGAGGACUACCAGUCUGCUGACACGGAUGAGCUUUUCACUUCAAGGAAAUGUCCUCUUCUGCCUCUGGAGAACAUCUCAAGAGAUAAGGAGAAAACAAGAAAAGAAGAAGACAAUUCUACUGGCAUGAAGAAAAUAUCCACUCCUGGAAAACCUUCUCCUCCUCGUCCAAACAAGAUCUCAGGAGAAAGUAUGGGAACAAAGAAGAGGAAAAGAAAAGAAGAGGACCAGAGGACAAAGAAAAGUGUCGUUUCCGAAAAGGCUGAUGAAGAAGACAACUCUUCUGACAUUCAAAAAAUCUCCACUCACAAAAAAUCGUCUCUCCUUCCUCCAAAGAUCCCUGGAGAAAAUGAGAAGACGAGCAUAAAAGAGGACAAGAGUACUACGAAAACAGCUUUUAUUUCCAAGGAGGAAGAGGAGGCAGAUGAUGAAGAAGAAGAGGAUGAAAAAUCUACUCUCACCAAGACAAUUGCCAUUCCUAAAAAAGCGUCAGGGGAAAAAGAGAAAAGGACAAAAAGAACGAAAACCUCCACUCUCAGGAAAGCUCCUCUUCUGGAGAACAUCCCAGAUUCACCGACAGAAAAGACUGCACUUGAACACAAAGAGGACGGGAUGACUUCAUCCAACGAAGAUGACUACUCCGCCGAUUCGGAGUAUGAGGCUAUGUUCUCCAAUGUCACCCAUCUGGAAAUCUCCCUGUCCGAUCUCCAGAAGCUGGCUGGGGAAACCCAGCCGACAUCGGAGGAACCUCCACCCCGAUGCACAUUUAAGAAAGGAAUCCUGCCCGAGGAAAUUCUGGCGUCCCUCCUGCGGGAUGACGGCGACGAGUACGAACGAGAAUCCGAGAAGAAGAAACGGAAAACGACACUUCCUCCCUUUCGGGGCACGGCGAUGCUCUACCAGGAGGAGGAGCUGAAUGCAGAGUCCUCAAGAGUGGAAGAGGAAGUAAAGGUGACCUGUCGCGAUGAAAAAGAAGAAGAACGGCAAAGGAAGGACAACACGAUGAGACUGGCCUCCUUUCAGGAGGAGGUGAUGGAAAGGGAAGGUCAUGAAAAAAAGGAGGAGAAUGUUGGGUCGUCGUCUUCUGGAGAGGAAGAGGAAGUAAACGUUAAGUGUCGUCCCAAGUUGAGCACUCAGUAUGAAAAAGAUUGGAAGAAGAAGGACAAGACUACAAGACUGGCUUCCUUCCAGGAGGAGGAGGUGAUGGAAAGGGAAGCUCAAGAAAAAACGGAGGUAAAUGUUGAGUCGUCGUCUUCUGGAGAGGAAGCAGGAGAAAAGGUGACGUGUCGUCCCAAGUUGAAUGCCAUGGAAGGAAAAGAUCGGCAGAAGAAAGGCAAAACUGCGAGACUGCCCUCCUUCCAAGAGGAGGUGAUCGAUAGAGAAGCUCAAGAAAAAAAGGAGGAGAAUGUUGAGUCGUCGUCGUCUUCUGAAGAGGAGGUAAAGGAUACGUGUCGACCCAAGUUGAGUGCUCAGGAAGAAGAAGAACGGCAGAAGAAGGACAACACUAGGAGACUGGCCGCCGUCCAACAGAGAUUAAAGGAGACGCAGCGGCACAAGGAGCUCAUCCAGGGGGCGCUCGCCAACGUGGAUGCUGGUCGUGCCAAAACAGGAAAACACAUCGUCUUUGAUUCCGAUGACAAUGAGGAAGAGGAAACCUCGCCGCUCUUGGACGGCCAAUUAGAGGACUCACACGAGGAGUCGGCGACCAAUAAGAGCGUGCCGUCCAUAAAUGAGGAGCACGGCUCCAAAAUGUCGGGCCCUCAACUUUUCGACAGCAGUGGGGAAGACGACAAGGAAGAGGAUGAUGGCGGCGGGUUCCACGUCAGGCCUCAAUUUGAAGGAAGAGCGGGGCAAAAGCUGAUGGCGCUGCAGUCACGCUUCGGCACGGAUGAGCGCUUCAGGAUGGAUUCGCGAUUUCUAGAAGAAGAAGAAAUGGACCAAGAGUCAGAUGGUAAGGCCAAUGUGGCGGAGGAUGAGGAGGCUCUCCAGGAGGAGAAGAAGAGGAACAUGUCCAUCCUCCAGGGCCUUCUGGGACAUCAAGCCAACAGUGCCAAGACUUCCACCAAGACUAAAACCUUCAGAGACGUAUCGGCGCUGCACUACGACCCCAGCCGAGAAGAACACGCCGCCUUUGAAACCAAAGCUGUGAGCAGCAAGGAAAGCAAGUCGACCCGGCGCAAGAAGCGCGAGGAGGCACAGAAGCUCCCCGAGGUUUCCAAGGAAAUCUUCUACGACGUGUCUGGUGACCUAAAGGCCAUGUUCGGCUCCGUCACUGACCAGCAGCCUGCAGAAGCGGUCGAAAUCGCCUGGGAUCAAAACCAAGAUGAGGAGAAAGAAGAAGAAGAGGAGCAACCUCAAGGGGAAGAACCUUCCGGCUUUAUGUUCUCAUUCUUUGGAGAUGAUAUCCAGACUGCAAGUAAACCUGAAGAGUACAAGAUUGAGAGCAUCCAUACUGCCAAGGUGUCGUCAUGGCAACAAGACCCCCGCCUGCAAGACAGCAGUGAGGAAGAUGAAGAGGAGGAAGAAGACGAAGUGCAGAAGGAGAAAAACAACACACCACCUAAAAACCAAAGGGAUGAAAUUGCGCCCGCCAUGAAUGAGUUCUUCUUCUUCCACCUUGAUGACAGCAGACUGACAGAGGGCCCCAAGUGGUUCUGUCGCUCAUCUCAGCUGGAGGACGAGCGAGAUGAGUGGGAGGAGAGGAGGACUGAGCUCAGACAGGAGUACCGCAAGAAGCACAGGGACGCCCGCAGGAAGCUCAGAUCCUCGCAAAAGACUUGAAUGCUUCCCACUGCGUGCAAGAAUCAGGGAUUUGUUUUUAGAAAAGAAUACCGCAUCAUGUAAUAUCCAUGUAUAAUAUAUAUAUAAAAUAUGUCAACUCAACUGCUCUUUUGUAGCCCAAAUUUAAGACAUCAUGUCAAAUAAAAUGAGGAUUUGGAUGUAAUUUGGAUGUCUAUUUCUAUUUUCCAUAUAAUGCUUUCAUAUACAGUAUGCAGUGCAAUAUAGUGUGUAUAAAUAUACGGUAUAUACGCAGACAUACAUAAAACAUGACGAAACUC